AUAUAUAUAUAUAGUCUUUGGCAAUAAUAACACAAAGAAGUAGAAGUAUUUAUUAUGAAUAUGAAGAUUGACAUAAUCUCUAAAGAGUUAAUCAAACCUAACUCUCCCACACCAUCUUCCUUAAGAACCCUAAAUCUUAGUUUCUUGGAUCUUCUUAAUCCUCCCAUUUUUUACUCUCUUCUUCUCUUCUACUCCUCUUUUGAUCCCCAUCCAUCUAAUAAUCUCACAAAACUCUUAAAAACUUCUCUAUCAAAUACUCUCAAUUUCUUUUACCCGCUCGCAGGUAGAUUGAAAGUCGGCGAAUCCUCUAUUGAUUGUCACGAUCAAGGCGUGAAUUAUGUCGAGACGCGGGUCCACGGUUACAUCUCUGACUUAACCGGAGACCCACGCCCUGAUAUACUUAAAAAGUUAGUCGUAAAAAAUGAGAAUUCCAACUAUGAAGAACUAUUAUCAAUUCAAGUCAACUUAUUCGAAUGCGGCGGUUUAGCUAUUGGAGUUAGCUUAUCUCACAUAGUAGGUGAUGCGGAUUCCCUAUGCUCCUUUGUUAGAGGAUGGGCGACCGGCUUUGUUCUGCCAAGAUUCAUCUCGGCCGAACUCUUCCCACCGAGGAAGGCCAACCGAAUUGUCAUCCCACGAACUAUACCUUCUAAUGAAAGUGACAGAAUUGUCACUAGAAAUUUCGUCUUUGAUGCUUCCUCGAUUGCGAAACUUAAAGCUUUGGUGGGAUUGGAAUAUAUGACAACCGUGGAGGCCUUAACCGGUCUUGUUUGGAAAUGUGCGGCUCGUGAGUCGGGGAAGUUGGUGGCAUUCCAUGCGGUUAACAUAAGACGGAGGAUGGUCCCAAGGGCACCUGAGGAUGUCUUCGGAAACAUGUUGUUGAUGGCUUUUAUGGUUUACGAUGAGAAAGCAAGUUUGCGUGAGACGGUGGCGGUGGUGAAGGAGGCGAUUGGGAAGAUUGACAGGGAGUAUAUUGGGGCGCGAUUAGGGAAGGACGGUUUGGAAGUGAAUUUGAAGAGUGCGGGGAGGAUUGGAGAGAUUGUGUCGAACAAAGAUGUGAGAGUUUUAAGGUUUAGUAGUUGGUGCAAGUUUCCUCUAUACGAGGUUGAUUUUGGGUGGGGAAAACCUAUUUGGGCGAGCCCGGUAGGGUUGAAUGUUAAAGAUUCAAUCUUUCUAUUGGAUUCGAAGUCUAAAGGGGGAGUGGAGGUUUGGGUGAAUAUGGAGAAGGAAGAUAUGGAUUUGUUUGUGCGCAAUCUUUUAAUGUUUUCGUUGUUAUCUUGAAAUUUAUUUACUC